AUGGAGGGUAUUCAAAGCCAAUUUAAGAGCUAUAACGCUCAGCUCGAUAAAGAACUCUCCAAAUAUACGAUAUUCAAUACAGUCGAGAAACGUACCAAUGUCCCAAAGACCUAUUUGGCUCUCGGUGUUGGUGCCUUCAUGUUUGUUCUCAUAUUCUUUGACUUUGCCGGACAGUUACUGAGCAAUUUGGUUGGGUGGGUGUAUCCUGCUUAUCGUUCCUUCAAAGCUAUCGAAACAACCGAAAAGACAGAUGAUACUCAGUGGUUGACAUAUUGGGCUGUCUAUGGCUUUGUUGCCUUGGUAGAAUUCUUCUCCAACCUCAUCUUAUACUGGGUACCAUUCUACUAUCUUAUCAAGACGCUAUUCUUCCUAUGGCUCUUCCUUCCUCAAUUCAAAGGUGCUCAGACACUUUACACCAGAUUCCUUCGGCCCGCACUCCUUCAAUAUUCCGGUGACGUGGAUUCUGGUAUCAAACAUAUCAAGACCACACUCAAGGCUGUUGCUCACGAAGGCGUUUCCGCUGCUCUUGCUGAUCCUAAGAUUGAUUAG